AUGAGCGGGGGCCGCUUCGACUUCGACGAUGGCGGGGCGUACUGCGGGGGCUGGGAGGGGGGCAAGGCCCACGGGCACGGCCUGUGCACCGGCCCCAAGGGCCAGGGCGAGUACUCGGGCUCCUGGAACUUCGGCUUCGAGGUGGCGGGCGUCUACACCUGGCCCAGCGGAAACGCCUUCGAGGGCUACUGGAGCCAGGGCAAGCGGCACGGGCUGGGCGUAGAGACCAAGGGACGCUGGCUGUACAAGGGCGAGUGGACGCACGGCUUCAAGGGGCGCUACGGCGUGCGGCAGAGCGCCAGCAGCGGCGCCAAGUUCGAGGGCACGUGGAACAACGGCCUGCAGGACGGCUACGGCACCGAGACCUACGCGGAUGGAG